GUGGCUCAGUUGCUCACCGUUACACCAACGGCAUGGACGUCGCUGUUACUUUUACUUAGUAUCGUGGAAAGGGUAUAAAUACGAAGUAUUUUAGUAACAGCAGAAUGGCGGCCAUCCACAUGCGAAUGCUAGGCUACUUAGUCACCUUAGCAAUGCAUGGAGGCAACAUGCUGGUGAUGAACAGCUUGCUCCAGGGCCCUGUGAUGGAGGACCCUAAUAUCAGGACCUUCAGCGCGAUGUAUAAGCGGUUCUUCACUGUGUGGACCAUGUUCCUGCAACUCUUUGUGGCAUCGCUCGGUCUUACGACCGACUACUACACACUGAAGUAUAGGAACAAGAAGGAACCGCAAUGGUUGGGCGUUAUGAGAAGCGUCAAAAAUCGUAUCUUCGCUGCUGUCCUGUGGCCUACGGUUUUUCUCGUCUCAAGUCUAUUCUGGUCGCUCUACCACUACGACAGAAGUCUAAUUUACCCCCUCUUCGCCGACAAGAUUCUCAGCAGCACCGCCAACCAUAUCCUACACACGGCUGUCAUACCACUGGUGGUGUGGGAGGUGAUAUUCCAACCACGAAGUGUGCCGAAGAAACAUGGGGUUAAUGUGACCAUGUUGACUGUUUAUAUGUUUGCGUAUUUGUUUUUAAUGUACUACACCUACAUUGAGCAAGGCAUCUGGAUGUACCCCAUAUUCGGCUUAGCAUACAACAAACACAUCUGUUUCCCACUCAUCAUAUCUGCCAUAGGCGUCAUGCUAUUCAUAUAUUAUCACAUGCAGUGGUUUUUGACUAGGAUAGUAUGGGGAUCGCAGGUGAAAAUUAAAAAAUAACGCGAUAAGAUGUUGAGACCUUAAAAACGGGGUGACUUUGAACAUGAUGCUGGCAGAGGUGCUGAGAAAGCGAUAAAAUGGGGCGACUUUGUAAAAAGUUAGAUAGUUUAUUUGUGAUACCUAUAUGAAUAGGGUACAUAUUAUUCCAUAACGUCUUUUAUACUGUCUUUGUAUACUGUCAACCGGUGACU